UGCGCAAUCGCUCCUCGCGUAAGGAACAGCUGGUUGUCGCCUCGCGACCAAAACAACGCAGUGUGUCUCGCUCCAAGUAAAACGGUCUUUGUCAGUGCCCAAAUCGCCUGGAUACGCCGAAUCGCCCAGCGACCACUCAUGGAUUUACACUCGGACGAGUGGCUGAUACACUAGCCCCGGUGUGGCCCCCGCCGCGGUUCUGUGGAGCCCUGGCCGUGGGAAAGCGUGCCGCUAGCAGCAUCUGCUCAGAGAAGCAGCGCAGCGCCAACGCGGAAGCACCCAUUGGCCAUCAGGGAGGGCGGUGGUGGUGGGAGAGUCUUGUGGCCGCAACAGUGCCGUGCAGCUGACUAGAGCAGCAUGGUGAAGACUUUCCAGGCGUACUUGCCGACCUGCCACCGCACCUACAGUUGCAUUCACUGCAGGGCCCACCUGGCCAACCACGACGAGCUCAUCUCCAAGUCAUUCCAAGGAAGCCAAGGAAGGGCUUACCUCUUCAACUCAGUGGUGAAUGUCGGAUGUGGGCCUGCAGAGGAGCGCUACUUACUCACGGGCCUCCAUGCGGUGGCCGACAUCUACUGCGAAUGCUGCAAAACCACACUUGGCUGGAAAUAUGAACAUGCCUUCGAGUCGAGCCAGAAGUACAAGGAGGGCAAGUACAUCAUCGAGCUGGCUCACAUGAUCAAGGAGAAUGGUUGGGAUUGACAACACGCCCCCGUGGAGGAAGAGGAUGCGCCGCCGCCGCCCCAGUCGUCGUCGGCCCCUUCCUCCCCUGUGGUGGCCCUGUUUCGCAAUGGCCACCCACCGCCACAGUACUUCCCGCCCUUCUGAAGGGUGGUGCCGCAUUGCCACAGCCAAAGUGGGACGGCCUUCUUUGGACACACCGGCCGUUGCCAACGAUGUCACAGGAGUCAAGUAUGCUCGCUUGCGAGCGUAGCAGUGUUCUGCCUGUUCCGCGACCAGUCGUUUUUUCGUUUUCAGAAAGGCGCGUUUCUCGAGGGCACGCCCUUCCAUUCGCUAGCCCAUUUUCGAAAAAGACAGGAUGCUUUCAAGACUCUGUGAGGUGCUCGUCAGUAAGUGCCUGUACGAAUUAGUCCGAAUAGGGCCGGUGUCUCUUGCUUUUAUUUAUUUAUUUAUUUAUUUUCGACAAAAGCGAGGUCUAGAGUUAUGUUGCACAUUUCUAUUGUACCAGUGCCAGUAACAAAGGUGCAUCAUGGGUAAUUGCGGUCAAUCAAUCAUUGCUCAAAGCUGCAUGCUCAACUUUCUAGAUGAUAUCAUUGUCGGUGCGUUGAGCCGAUGCUGUAUCACAGCAGUCACGUGUUGCUCAUGCCAUUAUUAGGUACUUCCAAGGCAUGCGUGAUAUAAUCCAGCCAUUUUGGCACAAAGACUUAAUCCAUGGUUGAUACAUUCGCAUACCUGGCCACUAAGAAAACUGGUGCAAAAGAGCAAGCUCCAAGACGUGUGAUGAACAAUAGCAUGUUUUUUUUCAUCUUUUUCAUUCACCUUUUUCUUAUGUUUUUAUAUGAGACAUUACUUGCGGUAGUUUAUAUCAGAUCGGUCGUUGGAAAGAGAAACUGCACCUUUUGAGGAAAAUGUUUAAUGUGAGACAGUACCCCUGUACUUCAGAUAAGCACAUGGAACUUUUUUUUUCUGGCAGACUGGUUCUUUCUGCUUUAGAAUAAUUUGAGGAAUAAACUAAUUGUAUCUAAAAGCCUGAACACAUUUUCGCUACUGAGCUAGGUUUGGAAAGAGCAAAACUGAAUGGCAGCAUGCAAAGUGUCCUGCUGGGAUGUGUGCAAUGAAAGUAAUCACCCCUAUAAGGGGUUGGUUCUUCAGCUCUUUACACGUGUGGUCAUUGGACGAAUGGUUGAAAUUGGGAAAGCUGAUUGGCUCUCUGAAAGUGCAGUUGCUAUUGGAAGCUUGUUUUUGUCGAGUGCAUACCAUUGCUGUGUAACGAUCAGUCGGGGACAGGCAGAAAGGUCUGCGGAAGCGUUGUGCGAGGCAAGAAACUAAAAGAAAAAAAGAAAAACUAAUAGUGCUGUGUUCAUAACGUCGAGUUGGGCCCUUCCUCGGUGACGAACUGCUUUCUAUGAGAGAACUCUGCGGGGGACUGUGUUGUCAUGUGAUCAUUACAAGACUUGUGGUGGAAAAAAAAAAAAAAAACGCGCAAUCUUUCGUGUGUGUGUGUUCAACGCUCGGUGUCAUUUGUGUGGUGGUGACGCCAUUACGGCAUUGCAGUGAAGCCAGCUGCAUAGCCAGCUGCGAAGGACAAAUAUGCCAUUGUAUCUUCAUCUAGGCAUGGUCAGGUACCGCGGGACCUAGGGCUUAUUGUUGUCAAGGUUUUUUUACUCAUUAUAUAUAUAUUUGAGGAUUUUAGAAUGUGUGCGUGUGUGGAGGUGUUCAAGGGCAAGGGGUUAUGAAAGUAACACACUCAUCUGUAUGGGUAUGUUGCGUGCAUGCGUGUGUAUUUGCAAAUAAUUUAAAUCAUUAUCUACGAAUGUAUGGAAAUGCAAUGCCUGUUUUGGUGUGAAUGCUGAUGUAAAGUGUGAUGGACACUGUUUAUGGCCCUGAGUGGGUUGGCGUUGUUUUAUCUGGGUCACAACAUGUGUAUGCUGCUAGUGUGAUGUGUUGUCUGUUUUGAACGAUCACAAGUGUGUAGUUUGGCGUGGUGUGUGGGCGUGUUUUUAUUGAGGCUUCACCAGCACAGUGUCAUGUGUUAGCAUUUGUCCCUCUUAAGUGAAUGUUUUUCUCUCUGCAUCUUCUAGUCUGCAGUUGUUUUGUUUUAUUUGUUUGUUUGUCUUGACACUUGCUGUGAGCGCUUCUUGCAAUGGAAACAAAGUUUUAUCUGUGAUUAUAUUUCUGUUGCACUUUGCUAUUAUUUUUCCUUCAACAUUAGCAUGAUUGCAGCUCGUAAAGACAGGCUGUGGAGAAUAUUUGGCCUGUGCUCGUGGAAUGACAAACUUUGCCGUUAAGGAGAUUUAUGACGAAAGUGUGUCACGCCACGCAUCUCCCUAGUUUUUGGCCUGUCCCUGUCCAAAACUUAUCUUGCCACAUUUUGGAUUCUCCUUUUUCCUUGUUGCUUCUUUCUUUUUUUCCCCCUACUUAACGAGCACCACAGAUGAUGUGCUCAUUCACUCGUAGCAGGUAAUUGUUGACAUUCGCCACUCAAGGCAACUGUGUUAGGCAAAGUCAGAAUAAACGCAUUCUUUCACCGGUUUGCCAAAAUUGUUAGCUGUUGUAGCCGGGGCAUUUUUCGACAAUCCUUGAGCAUUUGCCCAUGUAAGCUGUUGUAUAAUCCUCGCGGUAAAUUGGCAAGCGCACACUUUCUCUGAACUGCAGCGAAAUUUCACAUGUGGGAAGGGAGAGGGGCCGCUCUGCCAGCAGUAUUCAAAACAUUUUGUUGGUUUGGAAGUGCAGAAUAUCUUUCACCGUUUCGAGUGUCUUGGAUGGCCAGGGUAGAGGUAAAUGAAGUCAUUGCAAGAAUUGCGUGUUCAACAGCACACAGCUCUGGGAAGCUAGCAAUGUUUGCCAGUUUGCAUUAUAUAUGGAACGUUUGUUUUCUGAGGUGACUUGUAAUAUUACAGUUAUUUUCUUGGUGUUGCAUACAGGGUGAGCUGCUGUGAAAGGGAACAGUGUAAAAGGUAUUCAAGACAACAAUAGAUUGUCUGGGGAAGCGCUGACCAAGUUGGCUUUUUUGCAACGUUGCUGAAAAAACGUGUCUGCAAGCAACUGGUAGAUCUGCCAUCAGAGAACCUACUCCUUUAUACUCUCUUACUAUGAUGCCUUAGAAGAUGAAUCAAGUGUUCGCUUGCAUAUUGGUUUUGCGCAUAUGGGCAAGGGGUCUGAUCGUCUUGUGUUAAUGUUGUAUCUAGCAUGCUCAGACUACGAAGAAAGGAUGCAGACAUUGUAGUCUGUACAUAUCUUUUGUAAGCUAAGCUUGUUUGGCAACCUGUGUAUUGGAUUAUCUAAGUCUUGGUCGCUGUUUCCUUAGCAAUGGCUAAGAUAUUAGAUAGAGUCUCGACACAUAAGAAUGGCUCUCAGGUUUAUCACGCUAGCUACCAUGACAAGGACUAUGAAAGGAUUCUAGAAAGCAUCUCGAAAUAGGAGUAUUAAAAGUAUGCGUUGCUGGGCAUGUGGUUCAUAAUCUUAAUACUUGGAAGCACAAAAUCGAGGAUGGGAAGAAACACAGUGCCCUAGAAGGAACACAGUACCCUGCUAUAUCUGUGUUGCUUCCUUUCAUCGUUAAUUUUGCACUUCUAAGUAUUAAAUAGCGACUAUUCGUCAUUGUGAUGCAUACAAGCACAGGAAUGUUAUUUCUAUUGUUGCCAGUCAUUGGCCGAGCCCUCUCACAGCUGCCAGGUGGUGUUUAUUAAGCAAGCCGGUUUCUCAAAAAUUUUCCCAGUCGAGGGAGUACUCUGAGAUGUCUGCACAUUUGUAAGUUCGUGUGGGAAUUGUAAAAAGCACUGGUGGUUGUCCACAUGCAGACUUGAGACAUGAGUAAUUGAAAUUUUCGUCACUGUGAAUAAGCACGCUGAAAAUUUCUUUCCAACCCUUUUCUGAUGAGCUUUAAGAAAACUCGCCACUGCACGACGUACACUUUACACUGCCUUAACGACCAAGAAAGGCACUGACGUUCCAAGCACGAGUUAUCUGGUUCAGAUAUUAUGCUUUCGACCACAAUGCGCUAAUGUGUUGUUACUUAGUUGCAAAUUUUUUCUCUUUGCUGCAUGGAUAGCAAUUCUGUUGUUUGCUAUGCCCAAUUGUAGGAAGGUUGCUUGGAACUUGGAUGAGAUAAUCCAGCCAAAGCUUAUUCUUAGUCUUACAGUGCGGUGUAAACCGGGAACAGACAUGCAGUCUGUGGCAUAACGUCGUUACACUGGAGCACGUGGCCUUUCCGUGUCAGCUUUUUAAACACCAAAUGCUGUUGCAAGGAAUAUUGAUUCAUCCUAAAUGUCACAUUGUUGAUACACACGAAGGGGUAGAAAAUGGAACUGCUUUGGGUGAUGCUGGAAGCUAAGUACUUAUCUCUAGCACAAACAGGGUACAGUAUUUGUGCAUCUUCGUUCUCAAGAAUUGCUCAUUUUUUGGAACAAGGCAAGCCCUUGUUUAUUGAUAAGUAAGUUGUAGUUGUGUUGCAUACGGAGACGUGAUCUCACCAAGGCUUUUUAUUUUAAUCGACAAGUGUUUUUACCACAGGCCAACUGGCAUUCACGAAUAACCCUCUGAACAUCGUCAAAUGCGGAAAUUAUCUACUUGUAUGUCACGUAGUCUGUGGCUCCUGUAGAUGCUAACCAUAAAGCUUUUUCGGCAUUGAUGACAAAUGUUUUAAUUCGGUGUACUCAACCAAAAGUUCAUCCCGUUUAGUGGCAUCAUUUUUAAGCAAAAAAGACCUUUGCACCAGCUCGAUCUUGGCAGAGGCUGUCGCAGCUCAUUGAAAGCCUCAUGAAAUAUUUUUUGGCCAGAGUUCUUAUUAUCUAGAGAUGCAAACCCUUUCCUCAUAAAAUUCUUUUCGUCUCUGAGUGUCUUGGAGCUACCGGUUUAAGCUGUCGACUAGUUUUCCAGAUGCUGGCACUACAUAAUCUAUAUCACUAAAGGAACUUCGGCCUUUGCAUUAAGAAGCUGCAUUGCAAGCUUUUUACCUAUCGUGGCCCCAAGAGAGUUUUAUGGCGGUAGCUUGAACUGCAAUGACUAUAUAUGAGGUAGUAAAAUGCCAACUGUUAAGGACUUAAAAAAAAAAAAAACACUAUCAAUGAUGUGAGGUGUGCUGGCUGGUACAGUGGGGAUUCUUUAGGAGGCUGCACUAGUUACAGUUCUGUCUUAUAUACUUGCUCCACCAAAAGCUUUCCGUAAUGUUGGUCCCGACUAUGGCAAUGAAUGAAAAAUGUUUCGGAUAGUAUGCAUGUAUGGGAGAGGCUUUGAGCGCUAAAUACCCUUUCUCACAUGGUAGAUUUAAUUCAUAGUCUUUUCUACAUUGAACCUUAUUCUGACUGCUGACAUUGUUUAAAGUGCAGUUGGGGCAGCACAAAACUGGCUUAAAAUGCACUUGAAUAUGUUGCAUGCCAUAGCUGGCUUACAAAGAUAUCAAUUUGUAUUGACUUGAGAAUGCAUUCAAGCACUUGUGUAAAAAUCAAGGGAUGUUUGCUCCUUUCUGAUUUGAUCAUCGAGCAUACAGAAUUAAGAACUAGGGCCGGAAUUUUAUUUGACAACCCCUGCAAGAUGCUUAAAAGACUUCUGCACUUAGCAAGACAUUCCACAAGAUUUGGGCAGACAGGGGAUGAAUACUAGAUUUUUCAUUUUGCUCUCUCCAAGUUUCGGCAGAAGUGCUUCGUGCUUAUUUCUGUGCAAUUUAAUUAUUUAGUAUGCUUUUCAUUACCUGAUAGUCUUGUAAUUGCUGGCACGUAAAUAGUGAAAGAUGAUCGCAUAGGCUCUACGAUGCAAGAAUGUGACGAACGAAAACUGGAAACUUGACGCAGCACUUGAGUGCAGUAUUGUGUUGAUGUUUCGGCUUGCCUUUGUGCACUGCUUUUCUUUUACACAUAUCUUGUUCAAGCUCCUUUGUUGAUUACCAAAUUUUAAAGCAGGUUUUGAGAGUUUUACUCUCAUGGGUUCUUUUACAAUUUUGUCCCUUGUUUUAGUAUUGUGCUGCAUGUCCAUCCUCCAGCUUAUGCAGGAAGAAUUUUUUUUUGUGACCAAAUAGCAGCGUUUUUGUUCACUAUGACCCAAGUUUUGGAGUCUAUAAUUUGAUUUUCUUCUUGUAGCGACAAUUGGGGCUAUAUUUUUUUAGCUCCGACUUCAAUUUGUUAAGUGUGUUGCGCAUUGGCAGCAAUUGUGUUGUAAUGUUUGAUGGGCUUUCAGUCUCUCAGUGUUCAGAUUGUCUUGCCUUCUAUGGAUCUGUCUUGUCGAAAUGCCUUUCCAGCUCUAUCAUCUUCAGUACACUUUUGGUUCUUGUGUCACGCUGGCCGUUCAACCCGUUAUGUUCAACUCUAGUUGGCUGGAGUUUGUGAUGUUUGUUGAUGAAAGUUAUGGUUUUUCUGCAUCAAAUAAUUAUCUACUGUUACUGCUGACUAUUUAAGCCAAACGUUUACGCAUUAAGAAGGCUUCUAGCUUUCAGAUUGGAUGACUAAAAACGUUGAAGCUUGCUGGUUACCAGGCACUGUGGGCACGGACUUUCCUUUUUGUAGUAACAAAUGAAUUUUCUAUUGCUGUCUGUCGGCUGUUGUAAGCACAAUGAGGCAUCUCCGCUGAUAUUUCUUCUCUGCAGAUACAAUGCACUUUAGUCGCACACAAAAAAGCUUUUAUAUAUAUAUAUAUAUUUAUAUUGUAUUGAGGGAAUAGCACUGUAUUUCCUUCACUUCUUUUCUAUUUUAAAUCGUUUUCGCACAUUAUGCUGUAGUUAUCAAAGUUGGGUGCAGCUGAUUGGAGCCCUCCAGUAUUGGAACUGAGAGAUUAGUGAAUGGACUUUUUUAGUGCUACGGGGAGCCACCAGUUCAUGAGCUUCCGCCACUAUCUUUCGCAGCUUUUUAAGUUACCUGUGCAAUGCACGUGCAGAAUGCCAUCUUUUAGUGCACAUUUAGUCUCCCAGAAAAAUGCUGAAUCUCCCUGCGACUGCACUCUUUACUCUUGGAAUAUGAUGCCUUCCAGGGUGUACUUUUUUACCACUACACCCUUUACAGUGCACCUGUUUGCUGCUCCAAAAUGAUUGUCGUCGGAGCGCAUUUCUUGCCCUACACUUGCGCGACAUGAGGUAGGAUCCUGAUAAUUCACUUCCGUCACUAUCUCUUCAGAGAACAUUUCUGCUUAAUGUUUUGCAGCGCAGGCAUUACUGUUGAAAUAGUAGGUGCACCUUAUCUAUGAUGUCAGUAUAAUCACAGGGCACAAGUAGCAUUAAGGAAAACAACUUGGGCAAAACUGACUACAGUUACAGACAGUACAGGACAAGACUUUUUUUUAUCCAAACAGAGUGCACUGGAAAAGGUGCAAAAUGUUAAAUGCAGAAAAGCUCUUGUAAAUGUGUAAGAUCUUUCAACAGAGUACACUUCAGGUUAAAAUUCUAUAGAGUGCUGCUUCCUUGUUUGUGGGUGCAGAGUUUCAUCGUAUAUCAUCGUGCAUGAGGACUUAUUCUGUCUUUGCAUGCUUCAGAGGUCAUCCUGGAACGACCAAACUCGCUCUUGGUAAGCACCAGCAACAGCACGAGCUGAAAAUUUUUUCGUACCAGGGAAAGAAAGAGUGUGCUUGCUGUUUGUCAUUUGAGCGUGAUUUGCCAACUAGUCCGAGGUGCAUACAUUCCUCGGGGAGUGUAGGCAGUUGUAUCGAAGUCUCCAUUUCAUGGGGAGCAUUACUUGUAACCAGUUUUUAGAAAAUGGCUUGUUAAUUGUAGGAGCUGUUCCAAUUAAACUGUGGUACAUUCAGCAGAUUGAGGCAGUACAGUAGCAUGCGCGGUUGUCACAUGUCUGUUGUCUUGGUGCCUGUGGUCAUGCAACAGACACUUGCGUAUAGUGGCUCCAGAACUAUUUGUAUACACAAAUGCUAAGCUUUCUUUUUUGUAUUACGUUUUUUUUUUCCUUGGGAAGUGACUAGCAUUUUGUUAUAUCAUCCUGUGAAGCUUGGUGUUACAACUACUGCUGUAAUGUGCGGGACGUGCAUAUUUUAUAUAGACACAUCAACCAUUGCGCACGAGUCACUUGUGCUUUGUUUACUCCAUACCGUGUGUCGCCUCAUGUGCUCUACAAAUGAGUUGCCUUCAGCCAUCAUCACUGUCAUUGGGAAGUGUGUACACAUAGGAGAAGACCGACCGAAGAGAGCCUUCAAGUCUGGAGUGUGACUAAGCAUAUUCUGAUGUUCCAGUCAUGUGUCUUCAACUUUUUUUGCAUAAAGCAGAGCUGCUGUCCCUGUA